AUGACAAGCAUUACAACAUCCAACGUCCCCACCAUUCCUCAAUCACAGCCUUCGUCUAACUCGAGCGUCAAUCCUACCCACGCACGGACACCCUCAGUUAGUGGUCAGACUUCGUCUAUUGCAGCUGUGCAGGGUAGCGCCCCCGCCCAGCGAACAGUAGUGUCGUACGCCUCCGCUGCCUCCGCGUCCAAGAAGACCUCCGCCCCCGUCAUUGCCGCGAGCCCCGCCCCUCACAUCCCCGCAGGAGCUUCAGCGCAAAAUGCACGGCCAGGUCCAACAGCUUCUCAGGCGGUGAACGGCAAAACUGUAACUAAUAGCGGUUCACCUGCUAACGGGAACAAUUCUUCCUAUCCUGGUCAACAUAACAGAAAACCAUCGAUUGCUUCAGGGGCCGGGGGCUCGAUAAUGCCAAACAGCGCCGCUCCAAGGACUGGACCACCGAUCACGUUUGGUGCUAUCAACGACCCAACUGGAACUGCCUCGGGUUCUGCUGCCACAGCGUCUUUGACUGCACCAGUGGCGUCUAACCAAAGGAUCAAUUCACCCCAAUCCUCACCCUCUCCUAUGGUUCAACCUAUGGCUAGUGGAGGUUCCGCGCCUCAGGCGUCUGGGACUGGAAGCCGAGGGCUUCAAUUUGGAGAUGCAACCAACCAUAACAACCGCCCCAUCCACCAGAGACGUGAAUCUGCUGAUACGGCACCUUCACAUGCUCAUCAUGGUGGACGUGGUGGAAUGCAAGGUGGUGCUGGUCGCGGAAACCGCGCUUAUGGGCCUAAUAAUCACCACCAGCCGUACCAGUAUAACAACAACGCUGGCUAUGGGAGAGGAGGUUAUCCCGCUAACCCUAACCAAUCUCGUGGGCAGCCUAUGCAUACCCAACAUAACCAGCCGUACCAGCCUGGUCCUGCUACUUAUAACCCUCAUUCACCUCGUUUGGUCAACAGGAGUCCAGCGAUGUCACAUGUAUCUCCAGCUCUUUCACACGUACAACCUGUAGGGACAGCCCAGCUAUAUCCCCCUCAGCAGCAGCAUUACAACAUGGGCCCUCCUCAGCAGCAGUUUGGAGGAUUGCAAGCUUCCAUGCACUAUGACCCUAACAAUCAGCACCCAAUGUAUUACUUCCCGCAGCCACAUUUGACAGCAAAUUAUGGCGCAUACGGCCCAAUGACACAGGCGACCAGCCCCCGAGUGGGCUAUGCUCAGCCAGCUGUUAAUCCCACAGCCUAUUACCCACAGCCUAUGUCCCGGUCAGGAAGUACCAAUAUGGCUCACAUGGAUACUCAAAGGCCUAACUCCAGCAUGGGACAAAUGUCUGCUCCGGCCAUUCCCGCUCAGCAGAUUGCUGUACCCCCUUCUAACGCAGUAGCUCCCUCUAUCCCAACACCCGGCAGCCCGUAUCACCCUCCUCGUACCGCCGUAAAGAACAAGGCGAUCCAGAUUGUGAACCCUAACAACGGCUCUAUCGUCAAGCCAGCUCCUUCACCUGUCGUCGUUAACAGUUCACCCGUCAUUGUUUCAUCACCCAGUCCUGCCCCUAGUCGAGGUGUUUCUCGCGAUUCGCAACACGCACGAAAUCCUAGCAAGAGUACUAAAACAAACCAGGAAAUACAAGAGGAGAUGAGGGCUAAUGUGCAGAAAAAACUGAAAGAGGAGGAGCAAAAGAAAAAAGAGGAGGCUGCUGCUGCAAAGAAGGAAGCUGAAGAAAAGGCUCGCCUCGAGAAAGAAGAAGAAGCUGAGCGCAAGCUCAAGGAAGAGGAAGAAGAAAAGGCCCGCAUAGAGGCGGAAGAAAAAGCCCGCAUAGAGGCAGAAGAAAAAGCCCGCAUAGAGGAAGAAAAGGCCAGGAAGGAAGAGGCGGAGAGGAUUCGAAAAGAAGAGGAGAGGAUUCGAAAAGAAGAGGAAGCGGCAGCAGCCGAGGAAGCCCGUUUGGCUAAGGAGAAGGCUGAAGAAGAGGCUAGAAUUGCUAAGGAAAGGGCCGAGGAGGAAGCUAGAAUUGCGAAGGAGAAGGCUGAGGAGGAAGCCAGGAUUGAGGCUGAAAAAGCCCAAAAACUCAAAGAAGAGGAGGAAGCCGCUGCGAAGGCCGAGGCAAAAGCAAAGGCAGCAGCUGAAGCGGAGGCUGCGGAGGCUGCGGAGGCUGCGGAGAAAGAGGCUUCCACUGCAGAUGCCUCGAAGGCGACCCUUGAUAGCGAGUCCAUGCCACCACCAAAGGGUAAUGAAAAGCGCAAGGUUCCACACCCUCUCAACCUUCAAAUCAAGACAAAUGAACCUGCUCCCCCUUCUGCAGCCCUCACCGCACUCAAGUCCGCUCGCUUCAUUGAGAACAUCGGCAGUGUCAACUAUCCCUCGGGCAUCCUCUCUCCAAACCCGGCUUUGAACCCCGCCGCCAGCGGCAAGUUCAAGUACGAGAAGGACUUCUUACUGCAGUUCCAAGGUGUUUUUACUGAAAAACCCUCUGUUGACUGGGACAAGACUAUGCGUGAGACCGUUGGAGAACCUGAGACUACACGGCCUUCAACCGCUCGCACUCCUUCUAGUAUGGGCCCUCGUGGCAGUUCAAGAUCUGGAGCUUCUGUCCCACCACCAAUGGGUGCAUUCGGGUCUUUCAAGCCAAGCCUUCCAGCAAAUAUGUUAACCUCAGCUCAACGGUUCGAGCAAUCAAGGUCGAACACGCUGCCGCCGAACCCCUUGGCCGCCGCUAUGGGAGGAGGCUUUUCAUCUCGCGCCGGAGGACUCAGCCUUGGGCGAACUGCCUCAAACAGCUCGUUGGCAAGCCAGGGCAUCACUCCCCAGAGCCCGAGGUCCGGAAAUAGGUCUUCACGUGGAAGCCGAAAGGGCGCUACUGGGGCUCCUAUGGAGAGAUCUGAGUCUAGGCAAGGAGAAAAGAGCAGCCAGCCCACCAUACCUCUUAGUGAUGUCAAGCCUUUGCCUGUCUCUGAGAAUAGGUGGAAGCCUAUCAGUAUCGGAGCUCCCAAGGAAGCCCAAGUUGCUCCAACUCCUUCGGAGGAUGUCAAGCUCUCGCCCGAACUUGUGCAACGUAAAGUCAAGGCUGCGUUGAACAAGAUGACGCCCGAGAAAUUCGACAAGAUUGCUGGACAGAUUCUCGAAAUUACAAGUCAAUCGAAGUUCGAGACUGAUGGACGUACUCUCCGCCAAGUCAUUCAGCUUACAUUCGAGAAAGCCACUGAUGAAGCUGCUUGGUCCUCCAUGUAUGCCAAGUUUUGCAAAGUUAUGUUGGAAUCUAUGGACCCCAACAUCAAGGAUGAGAACAUUCGUGACAAGAAUGGGCUUAUUGUUGUUGGUGGAAAUCUAUUCCGUAAAUACCUCCUUAAUAGAUGUCAGGAAGAAUUUGAGCGAGGAUGGAAAAUCAAUCUCCCACCCAAGCCUGAGGGUGUCUCGGAUGAGGCCGUGAUGCUUUCUGAUGAAUACUACAUCGCUGCAGCUGCGAAGCGUCGUGGUCUUGGUCUUGUUCAAUUCAUCGGAGAACUCUUUAAGUUGGGUAUGCUUACUGAACGUAUUAUGAACGAGUGUGUUCGAAAGCUUCUCGACUUCGAAGGCCUUCCAGAGGAUGAGACUGUCGAGAGUUUGUGCAAGCUUCUCAAGACUAUCGGUUUCCAAUUGGAUGCAUCAGAAAAGAGCAAAGGCAUGAUGGACAUGUACUUUACUCGUAUUGGCCGCAUGUCGGAAGAUAAGGAGCUUAAUAGCCGUAUGAGAUUCAUGCUUAUGGAUAUCAUUGAUCUUCGACGCAAGAACUGGGAGACAAAGGAAGCCGAUAAAGGUCCAAAGACGAUACAGGAGGUUAGAGAAGAUGCUCUCAAGGCACAACAAGAAAAGGAAGCUGCGUCGCGCGCCAACCAACGUAGACCUGGUGGCGGUGGCGGAGGCGGACGUGGUGGCGAUGGCCGCUCCUUCUCUGGCUAUGGCAACCAGAUGCAUCCCCCAGACCAGAGCCGUGGCGGCCAGGUCAAUGCUGAGGACUUGAAGAAGCUGAAAUCAAGACAAGUCAGUUCUGGUCUUAAUAGCUUUGGUCCUGGCGGUAUGCUGGGAUCACGCAGUUCCAGCAGUGGUGGUAGCAGGAGAGGAACAGGUUUUGGAGCUGGCCCGACCAGAAUGGAUGAAUCUAACUCACGAACAGCCAACCCACCUGCAAAGGCUUCUACAUCCCACGCCAACCCCUUUAGUGCGUUGCAAGAUGGCGGCUCAGCACAUCAUGAAUCCAACGAGCAUAACGAUGCUACGUCUCCUCCAGCUUCGUCUCCACCGACGGCUGCAUCGGCAUUUGGACGAUCUCGCUCCCCACUUCCCACAGCAGAAUCUAAAUAA